GGACGAAAGAAAUAGACUAGCAGGAAAUAAUCUGCCUUCCUGGAAUUCACCAAUCACGACGAGGAUUAUAUUAUGACAACAGCCUUGAGAAAAACACACACACAGGAAGAAAGAUUUCGCUGUAACAUAUGUGACGAAAGAAGAGACAUUAAUCCAGAUAAAGUUACAAAAUGGACGACUCUGAUUCUGCCACCGACGACGAUGAUUACAACAACUACGACGAGGAUGAUCCCGAUGGUUAUGAAGAUGGUUACGAAGAUGACAGCGACAAUAACAGCGAUUAUAACAGUAAUUAUGACAGCGACAACGACAGCAAUUAUGAAACUGGCGACAACAACAGCAACGAUGACAACAGCAGCAAUUAUGAAACAGAUGACAACGGCAAUGAUGAUGAUAUUGACAGCAAUUAUGAAACAGAUGACAACG